AUGAAGUCGGCAGAGCAGAGGAGCGGUACCAACGACACCAGCUGCACGGUUUACGCAUGGGGUAGAGGCAAGGAUCAUGUUCUGGGGACAGGGCAUGCCUGGAUGCACCCAAACCCCACGGCGAUGAUGCAUGUGGGUCUCAAGGUGAAGUCUGUGGCAUGCGGGGCAAGACACACGCUGCUGCUCUCCUCGCACUUCAAAGUCUUCUCGUGGGGUGAGAGCAUGCAUGGACAGCUCGGCCUAGGAGCGACCAGUGCCCGACAGGCGUCAGUCCAACCAACACAUAUCGACAAGCUAGACAGUCUCUAUGUGGUACAGGUCGCUGCAGGAGGAAACUGCAGCCUGGCAAUCUCGAAGAAGGGGACUAUGCUUGCCUGGGGUGACAACAGCAUGGAGCAGCUCGGGCUCGGAGCCUCCUUCUCGGGCAAGGCCAAGGUGUUGGAGCCCAGCAGCAUCCUGGGCUUCAGCGUGGAAGCAGAAAUUCAGUGGCAGCAGCCGGUGAUCGUGAGGGCGAGGAUAGGAGGCAGCCAUGGCGCCUGCCUUGACACGUCAGGAAACCUCUUCACCUGGGGCCGUAACGACUGCGGGCAGCUCGGGCUGGGCGAUCAAGUAGACCGCAACACUCCCAGCAUGGUGAAGACACAUCAGUUCGUACGAGUGUCAGUGGGCACAUCGCAUACAGCAGCAGUCGAUCAUCGAUACCAGCUGUGGACGUGGGGGAGCGUGGGGGAGGGGCGACUGGGACAUGGUGUGUUGUUCGAGGAGAAGAAAGAGAUCCGAGGCAACGUGGUGAACAAAAUCCGCAGGCAACUGAAUUUCGUGCUUGAGCCGAAGAAGGUGGAGUUCUUCAAGCAGAAGAGGAUCGGGUUGGCAGAUGUAGCCUGCAGCAAUAGCUUCACCAUCGCCCUUGAUAGGAAGGGAAGGUUGUGGAGCUGGGGAGCGGGGAUGUACGGUCAGCUGGGAAGGGGUUCGGAC